AUGAAAAGCAUGAUCCAAGGAAUGCCCUAUGGAAACUGUCUACUUGUCAGCGACGGUCCCAUCAAUAACAGCACGGGAAUCCCUUUCUUUUAUGUGACACCAAAGGAUAAGACUGUGGCAGAUCUGCUGAAGAAUCCUGUAGCUUCUCUGACCCUGCCAGAGGUGGACGGCAAUUUCUGCAGAAAAAAUGUAAUUGAUCCCGAGGACCCGAGGUGCACCAGGCUGACUCUCACAGGACAGAUGGUCACCGUGCCUCCCGAGGAAGUGGAGUUUGCCAAGCAAGCAAUGUUUUCUCGGCACCCAGUGAUAAGAAAGUGGCCUCGUAACUAUGAGUGGUUCUUCUUGAAAAUGAACAUUGAACACAUUUGGCUUCAAAGCUGGUAUGGAGAAGUUUCUACCAUUACAGUAGAAGAGUAUUUAAAAGCAAUUCCAAGUAAAGCAUGAUCAAAUGGGCUUUGAAACACAGGUCUUUUGAGUUU